AAAUGUGGUUAAUUAAUCUGGGUGCUGGGUCAACUUUGCUCUACAGCUGGACAAUCUGCAGCGCAGGCAUAUUCGUACUUGUUGCUCUUGUUCUAUCCAUGUAUCUUAUCUUUGAGCAUUUAGCAGCUUACUAUAAGCCUGAGGUUCGUUCUUGCAUUCCUUAUAAUUAUCUGAAGUUUGCUUUUUCUGCUUGCUUCAGGACUUUGGUGCUAUGAACUUUCUUUAUUUCCUGAUUAUACUAUACUAGACUUUUUCAUAAACAUGCUUAACUUCUGUUUUUCAUCUUUGGUAGCUUGGUCAGUGGCUUCUUCAUAACUAUGAUCAUUAUAUUUUGUUAUUCCUUAUUAUCUGGAAUUGGUUGCUUUGAGGUUGAUAUUUGAUUUCAGGAGCAGAAAUUCUUAAUUGGACUCAUUCUGAUGGUUCCUGUUUAUGCACUAGAAUCGCUAUUAAAGCUGUAAGAGACAUGGAUUCGUCAUGAUAUCACUGCAAAUCCAAGUACAUCAAGGCGUGGCUAAGUGCUGAUUUCUUGUUUUAUAUUCUUCGGGAAAAUGGUGUUUUACAGAGUUGUCAGCAAAAGGGUGGCUUGGCCUACUAAUAAGGCUUGCCGUUAGUGUCCUUGGUGGCAUAGGUUCGAGUCACAAAAACAGCUUCUCGGGAAAUGGAAGUAAGGCUAUGUACAUCAUGCCCUUCCCGGUGUCCUUGGUGGCAUGCGUUCAAGUCACAAAAACUGUCUCCCCAAGAAUUUGGUUUUUGUCACUGUUGAAUUCAAAUGUCGCAUUCAACUGUGAAAUAAUCCGAGACUGUUAUGAAGCUUUUGCAUUAUAUUGCUUUGAGAGAUAUCUGAUAGCUUGCUUAGGCGGUGAGGAAAAUACAAUUGAAUUCAUGGAACGUCAAAGCCUUUCUUCUUCCAGCAUACCUCUUUUGGAAGAAGCUUAUGCUUACGGAGUAGUAGAACAUCCUUUCCCACUAAAUUGUUUCCUAAGGGACUGGCAUCUUGGAUCCGACUUCUAUCAAGCUGUUAAAGUUGGCAUUGUUCAAUAUAUGAUACUGAAGUUGAUCUGUGCUCUGCUAGCUAUGGUCUUUGAAUUCUUUGGGGUUUAUGGUGAAGGGAAAUUUGAGUGGAGAUAUGCGUAUCCAUACUUGGCGGUUGUUAUUAAUUUUAGUCAGACCUGGGCGUUAUAUUGCCUUGUACAGUUCUAUUCAGUCACCAAAAAUAAGUUGGCGCCGAUUAAACCUCUGGCCAAAUUUUUGACAUUCAAAUCGAUUAUAUUCUUGACAUGGUGGCAAGGUGUGGCUGUUGCAUUUCUUUUUUCAAUGGGAGCCUUCAGAGGGGCUUUGGCACAGGAGUUGAAAACACGGAUACAAGACUAUAUCAUCUGUAUUGAGAUGGGUGUUGCUGCAGUGGUCCACUUUUAUGUUUUUCCAGCAGUACCUUACAAGCGUGGAGAAAGAUGUGCGCGUAAUGUGGCCGUGAUGACUGACUAUGCAUCCUUAGGAUCACCUCUCGAUCCAGAGGAGAUUCAAGACUCUGAACGAUCUACUAGAAUAAACCUUGCUCAUCACAAUGAGAGAGAAGAGCGGCUGAGUUUCCCCCAGAGUGUUCGUGAUGUGGUCGUUGGAAGUGGUGAAAUAAUUGUUGAUGACAUGAAGUUCACGGUUUCCCAUGUUGUGGAACCCGUUGAAAGGGGAAUUGCAAAAAUAAACAAAACUUUUCAUCAGAUAUCUGAAAAUGUCAAAUGGUUGGAGGAGCAAAGAAAGAACUCUAAGGAUGAUAGUUAUCUUAUCCCUUUGAAUUCCCGGGCAAAGGAAUUUUCUGAAGUGGAUAAUGAUGACCUUAUCAGAGGGAGUGUUAGUGACAGUGGUUUGUCCAACGGGAAGGAACAACGUCACCACACCAAAGCAACAGCAUCUCGGUUUAUUAGAUCCAGAUGAUCUUCUCCUUUAUUCAUUACAGAAGUUAACAUUUAUCUGACAGUGUCAAUAUACUUUGGUGAAGUACUAAAGUGAUCAAGAAUCUUGAUACGUUUCGACUGGGAAAAUAUGUGGAGAAUUCUGUAGAGCAUGCUUUGACUGACGGCUUCUUAUUAAAGAUUUUGCUGCAGAGCCCGGGAAUUUAUUAAUGGACUGCCACUAAAAUGGUAAUUGUUAUAACAUACCUAGAAGAUGAAGAGCAAAGACCUCAAGAACUGAAUUGUAAAUCCAAAAAUAUGUACAAAAGCAUGUGUAAUAAUGUUCAAUUGUACACUAACCUUACAUGGAAAUUCUCAAAAAUGUCUUUCCAUUGAGAUUUUAUUUUGUCUGCAUGCUUACUUGUGAUAUUACUUGACUUAAGCUUCAGGGUGGUUUUCUUAAGAUGA